UGGACGAGACACCGGGGCUCAACGCGGAGGCACCGUGAGGGGGCUGUCGGUAAGGAAAGGGGUUAAACAGGGAGGUGCCGAGCCCGGCGGAGCUACCGGGGCCUACGGGUACCUCCGAGGCCGCGCCUGGCGGUGCCGGAGCUGAGGCGUCGCCAGGGCCGCGCUCGCGGUUGUUGUAGUAACGGCCGCGAUGGCGGCGCGGCCGCCCCUGCCCGACUCGGUGCUGGUGCAGGUCUUGGCGCUGCUGCCGCUGCGGGACCGGCUGCGAGCGGCCAGGGUGUGCCGGCGGUGGCAGCGGCUGGCGCAGGACCGAGCGGUCUGGACACAUGUGGAUUUGAGCCCUCACCGGAUCACCCGCCGCACGCUGUGGCACCUGGUGCGCCACCGCCUCCCGGACAGCCUGUGCACCCUGCGGAUGCGCGGCGUGCCCCGCUCCGGCGGCAAGCAGCGGCUCCUCUCGCCGGCACUGCUGGCUGCCCUUCGGAAGCGCUGCCCCCAGCUCCAUCGGCUGUGCCUGACCGAGACUGACCUCCGCCAUGUCCCGUACGAGAGCAUGCCCGCCUCUGUCACCACGCUGGAGCUGAGCCUCUGCGACAUCCCCGAUGCCUGGUUCUGCGUCUCCCCUUCGGUGCCGCCACCACAGGUACAACACCUCGCUAUCCACAGCAUUCCCACCUUUUCUGACCAUCAUCUUCUUGACAUUUCCUCACAGAACCACUUGAAGACGCUGAGCCUUUGUGGCACUUACCGCGUCACUGAUAUGGGGAUCCAAGCAGCAGCUCCACACCUGGAAGCGCUUGAACGCCUGAUUCUACGGCACUGCAUCAUCGGCGAUGCUGCCAUGGUAUUCAUCGGGCGCCACAUGAAGCGGCUCCGCUACCUGGAAAUCAGCAAUGCCUACUUCCUGACAAACAGGGGGCUGGUUGCUAUUGUGACACUGGAGCACCUGGAGACCCUGUGCCUCGACCUCUAUGAUUUGGUCUCCCUUGGUACUGUUAUCGCUUUGUUGCAAGUGCUGCCUCGCCUGAACCAUCUCAAAUUAGGUGGCACUUGCUUUGAAGAUGAACUCCUUGGUAAAAUUCAGGAGAAUUUCCCACAUUGCACCAUAUCUCACACUCUGUGACAGCCUGAAGUUCUGUCCUUCCUUAGUACACCUGAA